AUGGGAGGAUUCAGUUCAAAAAAAAAAGAAUCUGUAAAGAUUGUUUGUUGUGGUUUAGACAACAGCGGAAAAUCAACAAUAAUUAAUUAUUUAAAACCAAAGAAGGAACGCGAAUCGAAUGUUGUUCCGACGAUAGGAUACAGUCAAGAAUCUUUUGAUUUUGACAAACUAAACUUUACAGUAUUUGAUAUGAGCGGUCAAGGAAAAUACCGAAAUCUCUGGGAAAGUUUUUAUGGCGAGGUGGAUGGUGUGAUAUUUGUUAUUGACAGUGCCGACAGAGUUAGAAUUGCUGUGGCAGAAGAUGAGAUGAAAAUUCUAUUGAAGGAAAUUAAGGAUCGACCAAUUCCAAUUCUGUUUUUUGCAAACAAACAAGAUUUGGCAAACUCCUUAUCGGCUUCAGAGGUUUCUGAAUCUCUCAAAUUGCAUGAAAUUCAAAAUAAGAGUUGGACAAUUAUUGCAUCAAAUGCUUUGGUAGGAGAUGGUAUUUCUGAUGGAGUGAAAUGGCUGAGUGAAGAAAUACGAAAAAAGCUUUCUAAAUAG